AUGUGUCCCACACCGCUAGACGUAUUAAAACAAAAGCGAUCUAACAUACGCAGGAGCAUUUCCCGCAUUGGAGCAGCAGUCGCCAAGACGGAGAAGGUUGAGAAGCCAAAUGCCGCGCUGACGCCAGCCGAACUCACGUGUCGGCUAACUAUUUUGGAGGCCUACUUCAAACAAAUCAUGGCCGUCCAAACCGAAAUCGAGGCACUCGACUCAACCGAGGAACAGCUAAACUACCGGGCCGAGCUGGAAGAUCUGUUCAUCGCUACAAAGGUGACCAUAAAGGAUCAGCUUGGAGACGACGUGCACAAUUCUGCGCCGCUCGCCCAAGACACGCUACUCAGGCCUGGACCAACAUCAUCUCUUAAGCUACCAACUCUUGCGCUCCCGACCUUUGCUGGCGAGUACGCGGAAUACAGAAAUUUUAUUACUACGUUCCUGCAAGUUGUAGAUCAGCAGGAAGCGCUAUCGCCGAUCGAGAAGUUUAAUCACCUCAUAAACCGUCUCAGAGGCGCCGCCUUAGAAACCAUCAAGGCGUAUCAAGUCACUCCAGAGAAUUACAGCAAGGCCUUACUUCGCCUAAAGAGCAGGUACGAUAACCCCACCAUCGUAUUCCUGGACAACAUAGCGUCACUCUUCAAAUUGCCAACUGUGACCACCGAAAAUAGUGUACAGUUGCGCAGCCUGGUUGACAACGCAUCAGCGUUGUUUAACUCGUUGCGAUCUUUAGGAUCCGAAGCGCAGAUAGCUCAAACGAUGUUGAUUGCUAUUGUCAUGGAAAAGGUAGAUAAGAGAACCCGGCAGCUCUGGAACGAAUCUCUCACGUUCGCAGCACUACCCUCUUGGAAUGCCUGCCUCUCCUUGAUUGAACGGCACUGCCAACACUUGGAGUCCUCAAUACAUCACAUCGGCAAUCCGAAUACGGCUCAAAAUACAUCCGGCAGAACGCGACAACCGCAAGCUCCACGCAUGGGCCACAGCUUUACGUGCUCCACGCAAGCGUGUCCUAUAUGCUCUGGCAGGGAUCAUCGGAUUUUUAGAUGUUCGCGACUGCAAAACAUGUCGCCUGCCCAACGUCUAGAAGCUGUCCGGACAAAAUCGCUGUGCACAAACUGCCUUGGAAAGGCUCAUCAUCCGUCAAAUUGUCCAUCUUCAAAUAGGUGCAGAAUAUGUUCACGGCUGCAUCACACUAUGCUUCACUUCGAUCCGUCAGGACAGGAAUCCAGGAGUCCUAGGCGGCCAAGUCCGACUAAUGCGCCACCUCAGCACCAUGUCGCUGAGGCCGUCGCUCACGCACACGUGGAUACCCACCACGACCAAAUCAUUCUGGCUACAGCCAUAAUACUAGUGCAGGAUGCUGUGGGCAACUACGUACCAGGACGUGCACUACUGGACUCUUGCUCCCAAGUUAACUUCAUGUCCGAAGACUUCGCUCAACAACUUCGUUUGCCCCGAAGCAAGGGACCUAUCGACAUUCGAAGCAUUGGCGAUUCUUUCACCCGCAUCAAGCAUCGCAUUUCGACCGUUAAAUCGACAUUUCAUCAUGGAGCCUCCCAGACAACGCUCCACUGGCUGAUGAGAGAUUUGUAUCAGUCUCGCCAUAUCGACCUUCUUCUUGGCACAGAAACGUUCUUCACCGCUUUGUCUAUUGGCCAAAUCAAGUUGGGUCCCCAUCUCCCCAUGUUGCAAAAGACGAUCUUUGGAUGGGUAGUAUCAGGGCGUACCGGCAAUCAAGGCCAUGCCGCCCAAGCCCAUAGUUUCCUUUCAUCAGAGGAUUCAAUAAACCUGAACCUGGAGCGCUUAUGGCGCAUAGAGGAAGUUUCUACUACGCCAUUAACACUUACUCCACCGCAAGCUAAAUGCGAAUCGAUCUUCCAAAAAUCUGUCUGUCAGGUAGCGGAUGGAAGACUGAUGGUUCAACUGCCCUUCAAGGAUGACCCUAAUCUGUUGGGAAGGUCUCUUGAAACAGCACGGCUAAGAUUUGCAUCGUUGGAACGUCGCUUAAGCCGAAACGCGAAUUUGCGAGCCGAAUACACGAAUUUUAUGGAAGAAUAUGAGCGCUUGGGUCACAUGGAAUUAGUAACCAGCCCACUCCUCAACGAACCCCACUACUACAUACCACACCACUGCGUGUUUAAACUCAACAGCACGUCAACUAAGCUAAGGGUAGUCUUUGACGCCUCGUGCCCAACAAGCACCUACAAGUCCUUAAACGACACCCUUCUAGUUGGACCCACGAUUCAACCAGACUUGUUUACAAUCUUACUAAGGUUCCGGACUCAUCGUUAUGUACUAACUGCUGACGUCGUCAAGAUGUACCGGCAGGUAUUAAUUGAUCCAUCGCAUCGUAAAUUUCAGUACAUCUUAUGGAGAAGCUCCAACGACCAGGAGAUUCGCACAUACCAGCUGAACACCGUUACUUACGGCACCGCAUCAGCGCCGUAUCUAGCAAUUCGCAGCCUGUCUCACCUCGCCAAUCAACAUGCAAGUUCACAUCAAAUUGGAGCAGAAGCCAUAAAAUCGUGUUUCUAUGUGGAUGACUUUCUCGGUGGAGCAAAUAAGCUAGAUCAAUUGAACCAGAUUCAAACCGAAGUCAUCGCUAUCCUCACGGCCGGCAAGAUGGAACUGGCAAAAUGGCACUCCAACCAUCAGGAUUUCGUCAAUGAUACAACGGUCAAGGAGCUAAAUCUCGACGACUACGCUACGACAAGCACAUUGAGACUGAAGUGGGACCAACGAGAAGACAUCUUCAAAUUCUCAUUCAACUGCAGCACAGCUCCGGAAAGUAUCACAAAGCAAACCAUUCUCUCAGUGGCCUCAUCCCUCUUCGAUCCGCUGGGACUUGUCUCGCCAGUUAUUAUGGUGGCAAAAAUCCUUCUACAGGAAAUUUGGCUUCUUAGAUUGCAUUGGGAUGAAUCAGUGCCAAUGACACUCCAACAAGCGUGGCUAUCGUUCGUGUCGUCGCUACAGCAUUUGGACUCUCUGCUCAUCCCACGUUUCUGCCUGCAGCCCCAUUCAGAUGAGCUCCAACUUCACGGCUUCAGCGAUGCUUCAAUAAGAGGGUACGGAUGUUGCAUCUACGCAAGAACAAGGCGUGCCGAUGGCCACGUCGAAGUUCAUCUAAUCGUCUCAAAGUCGCGUGUGACACCAACGAAGAAGAAGACGCUGCCGCAGCUCGAGCUCUGUGGAGCGCAUCUUCUAGCACGACUCUACAACCAGAUAAAGACAGCCUUUCUACAACACACGCCCGAGACGUUUCUGUGGACAGAUUCACAGCUGGUGUUGCAUUGGAUUCGACAACAUUCUGCAACACUUUCUACGUUUGUCGGCAACCGGAUAUCCGAUAUCCAAGAAUUCACUCCAGACUGUCAAUGGAGGUUCGUUCCGACACGGCACAACCCAGCUGACAUGAUCUCCAGAGGAUGCAACCUUUCAGAACUCACCAACUCAACAUGGUUCCACGGACCUACAUUUCUAUCAAAUCUGCCGACAUCAUGGCCACCUAAUGUACACGGCAAUCUGGACAUGGAUGUCGUAUUUUCAGAAAAACGCAAAUCAGCAUUCCUUGCAUCGACAUCGCCUUCCAGAAAUAGAGUCUUGGAAGCCCUCCACAACAAGGAAUCACACCAGUCUGGCCUAAGAUUGGUAGCAUGGAUGCUUCGAUUUUGCGACCGAUGUCGGAAGAAAAACCCCUUCACUACGAGGUCACUUUCCCCACUGGAACUGCGAAGGGCCAUGCUUUGCGUCGCAUGGAACCUACAACAGCGAUAUUUCAUCGAGGAAAUAACUCUCUUGCAAAAAGGCGCGCCGGUUCGUAGCCAUCUUAAAUUCUUAUCGCCCUUCUUGCAGAUCACAGAUGGAUUCAACCUACUUCUCGUCGGAGGACGAUUGGAGCUCGCAUCGAUCCCAGACACCCACAAGCAUCCUAUAUUGCUUCCCGCUAAGGAUGUUGCUGUCGUCAACUACGUACGUCAUCUACACCUGCGGAACUACCACGCUGGACCAAGGGUCCUGGUGGGACUAAUGCGGCUGGAGUUUUGGGUCGUGAAUGCCCGAGAUGUCGCUCGUCGUGUUGUACGCAACUGUGUCCACUGUGUGCGCUACAGGCCUAAGCUGCUGCAACAACUUAUGGGCAGCCUCCCAGUCGAGAGAAUUACCCUGUCAAGACCAUUUGCUCGAUGUGGAAUAGACUUCUGCGGGCCGGUUCAUACCUAUCUACGCGUUCGAGGAAAGGUGCCCGUUAAAAGCUACAUCGCAAUAUUUGUGUGCUUCGCCACAAAGGCGGCGCAUAUCGAAAUCGUCGGAGACCUAUCAACUGAUUCGUUCUUGGGUGCUCUGAAGCGGAUGAUCGCCAGACGUGGUCUACCUGCAGACAUCUUUUGCGACAAUGCGACGAAUUUUGUAGGCGCGAGCAACAAGUUGCAAGACCUGAAGGACUUUUUCUUCAGCACCAAGAACCAGCAAGACAUUAUAUCGUACUGUACAAACGAAUUUGUAACGUUCCAUUUCAUACCUCCUAGGGCUCCACACUUUGGCGGCCUCUGGGAGGCUGCCGUUAAAAGCGCCAAGAAUCUCUUGUACCGCACGCUCAAGGAUGCCCGAUUGACCUUCGAGGAGCUCUCAACUGUCGCUGCUGAGACUGAGGCGAUCCUAAACUCUCGCCCGCUCUCUCCACACUCAUCGGAUCCCAGCGAUUUGGCCGUCUUAACGCCUGGUCAUUUCUUAACCGGGGACGCUCUUCGAGCACUCCCAGACUGGCCUGUCAAGGAUGAUCAGAUCAACUGCUCUCAACGAUGGAAGCGUGUCAGCGCCAUCAAGCAACACAUCUGGAGGCGCUGGUCUACGGAGUAUCUUCACGAGCUUCAGGCCAAAUCAAACUGGACGACUGGAUCUUCAAAUAUUGCAGUCAACGAAAUGGUCCUAAUCCACGAAGAUCAUGUCCCUCCUCAUCGAUGGCUGUUAGGUCGCAUCGAAGCAACUAUACCAGGUCAGGACAACCACGUCCGGGUCGCGGAUGUUCGGACGUCAAAAGGAAUCAUAAGGCGACCGAUUCACAAAUUGGCCCGUUUACCAAUUAAUUUAAAGUAA